AACAAUUUCACAUCUUCGUCGGCGACUUAAGCUCAGAAAUCGAAACCCAACAAUUGCGUGAAGCUUUUACACCAUUUGGUGAAAUUUCUGAUUGCCGCGUUGUACGCGAUCCACAAACAUUGAAAUCCAAGGGUUAUGGAUUUGUGUCAUUUGUCAAAAAAUCGGAAGCCGAAAGCGCCAUUGCAGCUAUGAAUGGACAAUGGCUUGGCUCGCGUUCGAUUCGAACGAAUUGGGCCACACGAAAACCGCCGGCGAGUAAAGAAAAUAUCAAACCUUUGACAUUCGAUGAGGUCUACAUUCAAAGCAGCCCCUCCAAUUGCACUGUUUACGUUGGAGGUGUCAACAGCGCCUUAACUGCGCUCAGCGAGGAUGUCCUACAGAAGACCUUCACACCAUACGGAUCGAUACAAGAGAUACGCGUCUUUAAGGAUAAGGGCUACGCAUUUGUGCGAUUUUCGACAAAGGAAGCCGCCACACAUGCCAUUGUCGGCGUCCAUAAUACGGAAAUC